CCCACACAUCAAACGCCUGAGUUCGGCCGUGCGCCUUCUUCGGUUCGAUUUGACUCUCGGCUCCGCUGAUCGACUUCCUACGCGGAGGCAAUCGACUUCUUAAACCACGCCUUCCCGCGCACUCUCAUACCCUCUCUUUCAGCAUGUCGAAUCCAACCACCAUGGCUACCCAGACUGCGAACCCCUCGCCCGGCAGCAGUGUCCUUGAGAUCCGUCCCCAGCCUGUCCUGAGGCUGUCAGCACCGUCAGGAACCCUCCGUCUGCGGGCUGAGCCUGCGGAACGGCGUCACAUUCAAUGGGCAGAGGACGUCGUCGACAAUGAGGGCAUGGGGAAGAAGUCCUCCAAAGUCUGCUGCAUUUACCACAAGCAGCGCCCCAUAGACGAGUCCUCCGAUGAAUCAUCCUCCGACUCUUCAGACUCGGAUUCCGACAGCGAGCUCGACAAUAGCAGGGCACGUCCUGUUGGCGGGCGGAGACUUGGCCAACCGCAUGGCCGACGUCCCCACGACCACGAUCAUGAUCACGAGCACAAACAUGACCACGACCACGACCAUGACGAGGGUCCGUCGGACAAGCCUGAGAAGCGGGCACGACCGCGGCGAAAGCCCAGCCCGAACGCGUACGAGCGGAUGCCGAAGCAGCGGAAAUAGGCCGCUUCCACGAAUUAACGACUUCACGAGUGGCGGAGAUGGUAGGGCAUUUAUCUUUUGAGCUUCACAUAGCAGGCAAGGAGUCCGGCGUUUAUCCUAUUGUCAGAAAAUAUGGCGCGCUUGUGCGUUAACUGCAUAGCGAUAUGGACUAGGAGAUCCAAAGACUGUAUUUGGUGUUAGACGAUAGAUGCAUCACGCAGGCAUGUUCGAUACGCGCGGGAUGAG